AUGCGGUGGAUCCCCACCCUCUUUGCGGCGAGCGCAGUCGCAUGGCAGCAGGUGGGCGCGCUGAGCGUCACGACGCCAAGCCUGACGCAGUGUCGUCUCUCGCAGCUCAGAUGGACGGGUGCGCAGGGCCAGAUCGAUGUCGUCGCCGUGGAUGCAAAGACGAACGCUACGCUCCGUUCCUUCUUUCGUCAACCGCCACUGACCGACUCGCUCAGUUGGAUGCCCACCAACGUCACGGCUGGAACGGCCGUCGUCAUCUAUGUCCAUGAUGGGACGACACAGUCCUCUUCUCAGCCCGUCACGGUGCAGCCGAGCGACGAUACAGGCUGCAUCUCCCCUUCCAGCAGCAGCAGCAGCAGCAGCGCCAGUACCGGCAGCUCGGCAUCUAGCGGCACGAGGACGGAUCGAGGACCGACUCAGGAUACGCCGCCGCAGACCAGCUCAGGUCUCGUCCCGGCGCCUUCGACGGGGCCGUCUCCGACGACGAUGCCGAGCAGCACACCGGCACCACAGCCCACGCAGUCGGCGCAGCCCAACGGGACGACUCGACCGGCGACAUCGUUCGACCUCGCCUCCCUGGCCAUGGGCAUCUGGGCCGUCGUUGUCCUCCUCCUCGCCUGA